AUGGCAGCUGAAGAACUCGAAAAUAGCCACGUCCGCGCCUCCUCCCUCGAGAAACAAGAUGUCGAGAGAAUCGACGUCGUUGCUUCGCCUCCACCCACAGUCUUGCAGAACGGCGACGGCGAAAGCGUGACCAUCACCUGGAAGACAUGGUUCGUCAUCUUCAUACUGUCGUCUACGUUCGGCCUCAGCUUCUGGCCCGUCCCGACCACUGCGGCACUACAGUCCAAGCUCGCAAUUCAGUUCGGUGAACCCCUGUCUUCGGCGUGGUAUGUUCCUGCAUACACAACUGCAAAUGCUAUUGGAUUCCUGAUUGCCGGUGCGAACUCGGAUUUAUUCGGCAGACGACUGUUUUUACUAUUCGGCAACGCGUGUUGUUGUGUUGGCUUCAUUGUCACAGCGGCUGCGGGAGGUGCAUCCCAGUUCACAGCAGGUCUGGCGAUUACAGGAUUUGGAGGUGGCUUCUGCCAAAUGGCAAUGUGCUCGAUACCGGAGUUGUUGCCCAACAAGUUUCGCCAUAUUGGUAUUUGUCUGAGUGAUGGCUUUGUCUUUCUCAUCGUCAUCAUCGGUCCCAUUGUCGGCCGCUAUGCCAUCGACUCUGGUGGCUGGAAGUACAUCUAUUGGGGCGGUCUAGUUGCGCAAUUCAUCUCUCUUACCGCCUUAUUUUUCUACUACAAACCGCCGAAGCACCCCAAGGGCAUUCCCUGGCAUGAAGCUGUCAAGGGACUCGAUUAUGUCGGCAGUGCGCUCAUCAUACCAGGAGUCAUACUAGCCUUGGUCGGUAUCAUUAGCACAACCUAUAAACCCAGCUCCGACCCUACGGUCAUCGCACCAAUGGUUGUGGGUUUCGUCAUGAUCGCGCUUUUCGGCUGGUGGGAGACCGUUUCAUCAGUCCCUCAUAAGCUGUGCCCUCCGCAUCUGUUCGCCAGUCACAAGGGAAGAGAGUUCACGGCUCCGUUCAUCGUAGCAUUCAUCGUCACCAUGUUCUACUACAGCGUUAACAUCAUCUGGCCGACCAUGGUCAAUGUAUUUUAUCUCACUCCCGAGACAUCCCGGACGACCGAGCUGUUGCUCACUCUGCCUCCCAAUGUUGGUCUAGUCUUCGGAGCUUGUCUCUUGAUCGCAUUCGGUGGUGUCAUCAAGCACUGGAAGAAGACACUGAUCGUCACCUGGACGGGAAUGACUCUUUUCGGCGCUCUGAUGGGGCUUUGCACACCCUUCAACAAAGGCCUGAUGAUUGCAUUCUGCUGCAUUAAUGCCACGUUUUUUGGCUGGGCACAAUACGAAUCCGUCGCAUUCACCCAACUAGGCGUUCCCCAAGAAGACCUCGGUUUCUCCGGCGGUCUCGCAGGCAUGGCCCGCUACGCAGGAGGCUCAUUGGCAGUCGCAAUUUACACCACCAUCCUCACCAACACGCAAUCGACACGCGCAGCAGCCACUCUUCCAGCAGCGGCCAUCUCCGCGGGCAUGACUGCCGAGAAUGCGCAGAAGUUGCUCGCUGCGUUCCCGCUCGGAGCCACAGCAAUAGCAGCCGUACCAGGCACAAAUCCAGACGCACUUGCAGCGGCAGGUCUAGCGUUCCAGUGGAGUUAUGCGCAUGGCUUGAAGAUUGUUGCGCUGAGCAGCUUAAGCUUUGGUAUCUUGGGACUGCUUUGUUGUUUCUACUGCGAGGACUUGGGACCGAAGAUGACGAACAAGACUGAGGUGUUCUUGGAGAACGAUGUUAAUGCCGAGAAGAACGUGUACCAUUAG